UUCACAAAAUUGUUAUUCAUUGACGAAUAUCCCGGUCUCUCUUUACUGCGUUUCCUCUUUGGAUUCGGUUUUGUAUGAGCAUGGUCCAUGGUAUGACUGGAACAGACACAGCAGAACGACUACGAGGAAAUCUUCUCUUUAGGUCUCCCAAUCUAGUAAAUAAAUAUGGUGUCCAAAAAGAGAGCAUUGAUUUACAUCGUUCUUGCUAACACGGUGUGUACAUUUUUCUAUUUAUUCUGGACAACAAUUAUGCAUCUGGAUAGUCCGCUUGAAACUCGUUCUAAAAAGAAAGAUGAGACGACUACUGCAUUAGACCGCCAUGUUACACAGAGCAAACCAGAUAAUGUUGGUGACAACGUGAAAGUAAACCCUGCCACAAUCCAAAAGCCUUCCUCUAGAAAGGCACUUGGUUGGAGAAAUGAAUUUCAUUGGGAGUCCAAAAUAGACCAGCAUGACUAUCGCAUCCUCAUUAACCCUCGGAAUAAAUGCAAGCAGUCGGAAAAUAUAACUUUGCUUAUCCUCGUCAAGACAAGAGUGAGUAGCAUAAAAGAGAGGAAUACAAUCAGAGAAACGUACGGCCAGGGAAUAGUGAAGUAUAAUGUGUCUGCAACGAUUAUAUUUCUACUUGGAAGACAAAGUAAAUAUAAUUCAAUUGCACAGGUUGAUCUCCAGAAGGAGGCUGAUCUACACGGAGAUAUUCUUCAAGAGGACUUCAUAGAUACCUACUAUAAUCUAACCAUCAAAACCAUUAUGGGUUUCAAAUGGGCAUCGAUUUCCUGCAGUAAUACUUACUUUGUAAUGUCAACAGAUGAUGAUUGUAUCGUCGACGUCGUUAACCUUGCCAAUGAUCUCGAAUCAAACACAUCUUCGACGUUUCUUUCGAAUUUUGCCCUGGCCGAGCGAGCAAUCAACUGGAUUCCGCACCGCAAUCCUGAUGAUAAGUGGUACACUCCACGGGAAUUUUAUUCGGCUGAUCGCUGGUUACCCUUUCCUCGAGGAUACGGUUAUGUUGUUUCCAGAAAGGUGGCUCAUCUUCUUUACCAAGCUUCUCAGAAGAUUGCUCCACCUGCACCCUGGGAUGAUGUCUACUGUGGUAUACUCUUACAUUCAUUGGGGAUAGAGAUGCAAGAUAUCAUAGUUUGGUUUAAGACCAAGCAUACACAUGCACCAUUAAGAGCACCAUUGAAGGUUCAGGACCACUAUGUGAUUGGGGGAAAUGGAAAUGCAAUGAACAUGGUGAACACAUGGACGGCAGUUGAAAAUAGGUACCAGAAAUAAACACGAAGAUAUAUAAGUAUAUUAUUAUGAUGAUGAUUUCCCGGAAGUUUCCUGAUUCAAGAAAUGUAGAUGCUAUACUAUCAAACUUUAUUGUACCCAGUUGCUGAGUUGAAUUCUUUUAGCCUAAAAUAUUUGAAGUCAUUUUCGCAAAAUAGUAAUGUUGACCGAAGUGUCAAGCUCAUCGACGCGCUUAACACCGUGAUGUCAUCAGCAGUCAACACCGACACCGCCACCAUUACCAACGUAUUCAUCGGUGCACAUAUAAAGUAAAAACACAAAAAAGCGAUUUUUUAUAACUAUUGUAUUAUUGUCAUAAUAAUCGUCAUCUUCGUUUUCAGUAUAAUCGGCUUUUCUGUUGAUAUUUAUAAUCUGUCAUGAUUGAUGGUGUAGGCCUGUUUUUAAUGGAAAUUACGAUUUCCCAUUGCUUCACUAAACACAUUAAAAAUUAAACGCUGAAUAACGAUUUUAACCGCUUAAGAGCUAUGAUUUCAAAAGUGUAUUUUCAUUUGGUAGAUAAAGUACUUUAUCAUAGUAUUUAGAUUUAUCAUUGUGUACAGAUUGUGUUGAAUCCAGCAUGCGAACGCAUCAUUCGAACAGUCACAAUUGGGCCUUUUGUACCAAAGAACUAAACAUUCCUGUUAUUAGAAUGGGUAAGGAAAUGUAUUCAUUCAUGAAAAAAGUUGAGUAAGUUUAAACUUUGCUUAACAGUAUGUAAUCCAAAUGAAAGAUAAUGAUCAUUUUUAGUGAUCAGUAAAAUUUUGAGAGAAACAAGUGUUAGCUUUAUUGAAGAAUAAGUCAGGUGCUUAACUAUGUAAAUAGUUAAAAUUGUUUCAGAACGUGCAUCUGAUCUCUAGUUGCAUAUCAUUUUGAAUGAAUCACAGAGGAGAACUUGCAUUAUAAUAUGCAGCAUUCAUAUAGCGCUUAAUACAAAUGAUUCUAAGCGCUGCAUAUAUACUAUUACCCCGGCUCUAUAGUGACGUGUGCACGUAUAAAGCCAUUGCAGUUUGAAAUCCAAUCGAGGCAACAAGUUUCCCUCCCCUCCCACGAUUUAUGAUGCUCCUGUGAGACAUUACAUUAUGGUUGGAAGGUUGGGCAGAAUUAUGUCAGCAUGGGUGGGAGGUUGGGAGAGACAUUGAUUUUAUGUUUGAAAUUAGGAGCACGGGAAAUCUGAAGGUAACUCUUCUUUGGCCUGCAUAAGGUUGGAAGGUUGGGCGGGCAAUUACAGCGUUUAUCAAGAAGGCAUACAUAGAUACAACAUGGUUGCGGAGACAAUCAUAUAGUAUGGAUAUAUGUAUAUACAUAUCAUAUGUAUUUUCAGACUUAAGGAAGCAUAGUACGUAAUGUGGCUAAUUUUGGUUGUUACACGUAAAUGGUAAGGAGGAGCAUGAAAGGAUAGCCUUAUACAAUAUGUAGAAGGUUUGUGUUAAGAAACAAAUUGUUUGAAACCUGACAGAUCACCCCGCAGAUCACCAAUACUAAUAUCAAAGUAUAUGCUCCAAAGAUGUUGAUUACCAAGAUUUAAGGGAAAUA